AACAAGCAGAAGAAGAAAGGAAGAGCGACUUUGAAAGAGGGAUUAGCAGAGAGCAGAGGUGGCUGUGUGUCCAGAGCCUGUCUGUCACCACUUAACUGGAUUAUAAUCUACAGGCAACAGCAUGUCCAUUCUGACUGAAACACCAUAAACCUGCUGUAAUGGAUUCGUGCGUAGGGGACUACUUACUUUUAACUUGCUGAUAAAGUCUACAUUCUUCUAUUAAUUGAGUUUUUUUUUGGUUUUGUUCUAUUCUUUGUUGUUUCUUUUUGUUUGCAACAACAAGUCACCAAUAAGGAGAACAACCGAUCAGACAACUUUUUUUUCUCAGAGUGACAGAGUUUGGGUACAUGCAAGACCAACUCUCAGCUGAGAUCUCGUCCGCUGUUGACGCUGUGUUUUUGGUUUCUUCUGAAGUUCUCCUGCCUGGACAACAGACAGACAGACAGACAGAGACAGAGAGAGACAGAGAGACAGAGAGAGAGAGGGAGACAGACAGAGAGAGAGAGAGAGUCUUCUGGAAGUCUGAGGGUGGUGUGGCAAGCUGCUGCAUGAAAGAAAGGAGGCUCAAGCGGAGGAGAAGAUGAGUGCGAGGUGGGAGACAGAGGGGCUGCAGACGGUGGGCAUCGUGUGUCUGGUGUUCAUGUUCCUGAAGCUCAUGCACCUGCUGGGCCUCAUCGACAUCACAGAGACAGACAGCAGUGACAGUGAUCUGGAGUUGUCUCAGGUGCGGCACCAGCCUGAGGGUCUGGACCAGCUGCAGACUCAAACCAAGUUCACCAAGAAGGAGCUGCAGUCCCUCUACAGGGGCUUUAAGACCGAGUGCCCUAGCGGUUUGGUUGAUGAGGAGACCUUCAAGAUGAUCUAUUCUCAGUUCUUUCCCCAGGGAGAUGCCACUACAUAUGCCCACUUCCUGUUCAACGCGUUUGACCUGGACAGAAAUGGCUCCAUUCGCUUUGAGGAUUUUGUGAUCGGGCUGUCCGUGCUCCUCAGGGGCACAGUGACUGAGAAACUGAACUGGGCCUUCAACCUCUAUGACAUCAACAAGGAUGGCUACAUCACUAAAGAGGAGAUGUUACUUAUCAUGCAGUCCAUUUAUGACAUGAUGGGCCGGUACACUUAUCCCAUGGUGAAAGAUGAAGCUCCUUCUGAACACGUGGAGAAGUUCUUCCAGAAAAUGGACAGGAAUCGAGAUGGGGUGGUGACGAUUGAUGAGUUCAUUGAGACUUGCCAGAAGGAUGAAAACAUCAUGAGUUCCAUGCAGCUGUUUGAGAACGUCAUUUAGAACCAAACAACUGCGACGGAACACUCACACCGACCCACUUUCUCCCUGAACCUAGAACACCCAUGGAACACCACUUCCCUGGAACAUCAACCCCCCGUAGUCUCUUAAGAACACACACCUAAGAACACACACCCAACACAAACACACUCCAGGUUGUGUGGAACAGACAGCGUAUAUAUAUGUAGACACUCAAGGACUCUUCUAUUUCUACCGUUUAAAAAAGAAGACAAAGAACUACAAAGAUGGACGCAGAGAAAAAGUUACAGACUCCAUUCGUCUCUUCAAAUCAAACCCCUGUCUUCCACUGAUGACUAUUGUGUCUGAGUGUCUGUGUGUGUGCGUGUAAGAGAGAGAGAGAGAGAGAGAGAGAGAGAGAAAGAGAGAGAGGGAGAGAGGAAGAGAGAGAGAUGGACAUAGCCACAAGGAAGAGUGAGAAAGAAGACCAAUCUAUUAUGGGAUCCCAAAACCCAUAUUGGUUUCACCUACUAAAGUCACUGGCCUUUCCCUCCGACUUUAACAGAGAGGAGUCUACAAUGAACCUUCCAAAGGAUUCUGGGAAAUGUUGUUUCAGCAGGGUGCACUGCGCUGGAUAAGGGGAUAUAUAUGGCCACUACCCUCACAGUGAAACAGAACAUUUUGCAUGCUUGUCCCCAACACGUGUGACUUUGUAGAUUGCUUGCACUGAUAUUUCUUGAGGAAUUUGUGAUCUGAUUAACUGUCUGACCAGCGUGUGUAGCAUAUCAUAGACUGAGAUGUCAGUAAAAUAAUCUGCUUGAAAUUUGUAUUGCACUACAUGACAACAUGAACAGAUCUCUGACUAAAGGAGUCAUUUUACCAGGUCUCUUGCAUCAACACACGCUCAAACACACACACACACACAGGCAUUCGCACACUCGCACGCACACACACACACACACACACACAGAGACAC